UCAACCAUGACAGUCACCAGAAUUAGAAAGGGGUUGUCUUACGUUAUAGGCGAGUCUACCAAUAAUGAAAACCAUAUUCUUCCCAUCAACUCCAUCCAGUAUUCGUCUCUUCACAAGAAGAUGUUUACGGGUGGAAGAGAUGGUGUUGUCAAAGUCUGGGAUAGCCAGGUUCUGUCAGACGCCGUGGUACCUUCCAAUGGCAAAAGCAAAGAUGACGAUACCAGACCCACCGAUAUGAAUGAAACCUUAUUAAAGCUAGAGACAUGCAUCUCCCUGAACGUCCUUUCCCAUAACCAGUUAAAUACGAGCUUCCAGGUGCUGGAAAACCACAAUUUGCACUUUGAUUGGAUAAAUGACAUGCUCUUGAUCAAUAACGAUGACAGUUUGGUCACUUGCUCCUCGGACUUGUCUUUGAAGCUUGUCAACCUCACUCCCGGUGUCCCCAAAGAUAGCCAGAUCCACAAGUUUGCCAACGUCCACACCGACUACGUCAAGAAGUUAUCAUCGUGUGAGAAUCUGAAUAACAUCAUCAGUGGUGGGUUGGACGGCAAAAUCGUUAUAUGGGAUUUGGACCGUUUGGCUCCGGUAAGGACCAUCGACAAUGACACACCUGGCUCCAUUUCCCGGUCCAUCUACUCGUUGUCCAAUGACAAUGCCAACUUGAUUAGUUGUGGAGGUCCUAACAACACCAUCAACAUCUUUGACAAGAGGCUUGAGUCACCGUUCAUCAAAAAGUUGAUAGGUCACCAGGAGAAUGUCCGGUGCAUGUUGAUGGAUAACCACUAUGUCUUAUCGGGCUCAUCCGAUUGUACCAUCAAGCUCUGGGACUUGAGAAACUAUAAAAUAUGUAAGAGCUUUGAUGUGCACGAAGACCCUAUUUGGUGUUUGACAUCCACAGCUCCCGAUUUCAAGACGUUCUACUCGGCCGACAAGGUGGGAAACAUCGUGAAGACCGACAUGACCCAUUUGAAUACGAUGCUGAAUGACUUUGCCAACAAUGCGUUGAUCGAAAAAGUCGGGUUGUCGACUCUAAUUGCCAAGUGUGAUACUCCAGUCAUGUCUUUGUGCAUCGAGAGUGAUGAGAAUCACAAUGAAAUUUCAUUGUUUGCCUCCACAAACAUGAGUUUGAACCGAUACUAUGUUCCCAACACCCACGAUUUGUCGCUCUACCAGUACCUUCGUAACUAUCAUGAAUUCGAUAGCCAUCAACUGACAGAUGACUUAACGAAUGAAGCCAACAACGAUAACGAUAUCAACUCCGAUUUUUUUGAUUUGGUGAGCCACUUUUCUAUUGAAACCAAUUUGGAUAUCCAAUCAAACUUCUCGACGCCAAACAACAUUUCCAAUGCUGGAGAUGAGGUUGACACGUCGGAAUACGCAUCAAUGUUCUUUAAUACCAGCGGUGGAGGACCAUCUAUGGAAUUUGUGAACAUAGACAAGAAUAACGCCCGAAAACCAGAUGAGUACAUCAACAACAUUCCCGUCGAAAUAUUGCUAAACCCCAUCAACCCCGACCAAAUCACGAUGAUUCCUUUCCAUAAGGCUCCCAUCAAACGCUACCCUUUUACCCCCAAAAGUAUCAUUGCAAAACGUCUCUUCAACAACAAAAGGUCCAUGCUUGUAUUAUAUUUGAAUGGAGAUAUUUCGAUCUGGGAUAUCUUCAUUUGCAAAAAGACAAAAACAUUCAAGUUCGAGUCCAGUUCCCCGGUGGAAAUGACCAGUGAAUUGCUCAAAAAGCGACUUAAGGAUAUGGAUAAUAUCUUUCAAGAGUAUCAAACAACAGACACCUUAAACAACUGGUGUGAAGUGGAAAUAAAGUCCGGUAAACUUUUUGUAACCUUGAGUGAAACCACUUUCAACAAUGUCGAGGUCUACUACGACGAGUUGAUUGACACCUACCCAUUCUUAAGCAUUGAGUAUGACGAGGAUAGCAAGAAGCAUUCGAGAGUUAAGAUCACCAACGAUGAUAGAGUCCAACUCUCAAGGAUCUUACUUAAUUCCAUGUUCCACAUGUAUGCCUUAUAUGAAUGGGAAUUUGAUCAAGUAAUGAGGGAGGAGUUGAAGAAGAAGAAUGAUAUUCAGUCUCCACCCAAAGAGGCUUUCAACCGAAUCAAGAUGUUUUCCAGAAAAUCCUCCUCAACCAUUACCUCGAUGCACAUUGCAUCCAAUGGCAACUCGAGGCCUAGCAGUAACUCUAAUAGUACCAAUGUCAGUGUCCAUGAACUUCUGUUGAGCACAAAGGAUUCUGUUCAAGAGUUCAUCGACUCUGAAGAUGUUGACCAGUACGAGGACUCAAUCAACUUCUUGCUCCAUGACAACAAGGCCAAGUAUUUGGAGACGUUGACAACCUCUAAGUCUAAGGUCCCUAAAACCGCUUUGAAAUUCUACUCAAAUGAUGCCAAAUAUAGCCGCAGUGAGCUUUCCACCGAAGAAUCCAUCGCCUAUAAACCACUAAUAGACUUGAGCCAUCUCCCCCAAGACCUUUUGAUCAUCAUAUUUGAAAACUCACCCAGUCUCGGUAACUUGAGAGACGUUUUCAGUUUUAGACUAAGUGAAUUGAGCCAUUUGAAGUAUGCUCAAGAAGAUUCUGAUCAAUUUGUCAACCAUUUAAGAACUUAUUUGCCUAAAUGGAUUGGUCAGCCGAUCUUAUAUGAUAGAUUUCCAAUUAAAGAAAGUCCUAAAAUAGCCUUUCAAUUGUUGGAAUUGGACUACAACACUCUUCCCCCAGAAAAGAAGAUCAAUGGAAAAGCCCAACGGAAAAUCAAGAGAUUACCGGUGCUUGAAUCUUCCAUUAAGUUGACAUCUCAUAAUAUGUUGAGGGUCAGUAAGAUUCUUGGAUAUCUAACAGAAAAGUUUGAGUCUAAGACCAGCGAAAUGAAAGACAAGAUCACCCCUACAGAGUGGCUUGUAUUAGAAUGUAGAGGCCAGGAAUUGCUCCCCAGUAUGACCUUACAAACUAUCAAAUCCAAAAUUUGGAAAUCGAGCUCAGAUAUCGAGUUGAGGUUUAGAAGAAAAUUUGAUAAAUGAUAAAUAUAUAACGAACUUGAUCCUUAUGAAUCAAAGAGUUGUAGUGAUAUAACGGGAUACCAUAAAGUUUAGACCUUUGAUGAUAUUCUUUGUAACCACAGUUUAUCUGUCCAACUUUUCAUCAACAUAUAGUCCACAGUAGUCCAAUUUCCAUACCCACAUUCCUAUCACAAGACCCGUUGAAAUAGCUCCCUAACUGAAUAGGAGAACUAAAAGCCUUGUGAAUUCCAAGAUGACUUGGGCGAAAUAUGAAUGCGUUCAUCAGAUCACUUAACUAUCUGCCAAAUUUCAUUGGAGUCAACUUUCAAAGAAGUUU